GAUAUCGAAGAAGUAAUUAAAGAGCAACUUUUUGGUGUAUGUUUCAACAUAAUUGUUCUUAUUCCCAACGUCAACUUAUUACUGGUCUCAUUUUCCACUCUUAUCUAAGGUCCUUUGUGCACUGUCGACUAGUUACCGGCGACUCGGUCGUCGGUGACCACUGAGCAUAUUGGAAUUUAUAGCGAUUACAUAGCCGCUAGCCGUCGCGACCAGCCUUUGUUUCUAGUCUCUCGGCGACCAAGUCGCCGACAACUUAUUGUUAGUCGACAGUGUGUAAGAGGCCUUAGUCAACAGCGUCAAGAGUGCGCAAGGGAUUCUGAUACCGAUAGCUGCCGAUAAAUAUUCCUACAGCAGCAUUUAGUUUGAUCAGGUUAGUGGCGUUAGUGUCGUAUAUCGAUAUUAGCGCUUGCGAUUCUCGAAGUAGUUAGUUAAAUGUUUUCGCGGUGAUUGCAAGGUUUUUAUAUACUCUCUUGUGUGCCUGCGUGUACUUUGCAAUUGAUGGCAUAAAUUACGAAUUUUCACGUAAUAUUUAGUCAAGGAAGAAAUACACAUAUAUGGCAUACAUAUACAUAUGUUUUUUGGUAAAAAUGACACAUGUUCCAUAAUUUAUGUAUAUCUAUAAUAUUUUUACACAAUUCAAUUACAAUGUGUGAUAAAGCAGAGGACUUUAUUGUACAUUAUAAAUUUUCCUGAGAACAUAUGUCUUCAAAAUAAGACUAUGAGAAAUUUUAUUAAUGUUUACAACGAGAGAAUUAUUUUAAAACUGAUUUUUAAACAACAUUAAACAUUCAGUAUAUGUAUUACUAAUUAAUAGAACAAAAUGGAACAUAUGAAAGCAACACAAAGCCUAAAUAACGAAAAAUUUAAAAUAUUAAAACAUCUUCCUAUCUGUACAGUUGUACUACAUGAUAUUAUUUUAAAUCCAGAAUUAAUUCCACAAAUUUAUCGUGGGCAUUUAUUAAGAAAGCCACUAAAACUGUUAAAACCAUCAUCAUCAUCAUGUGUUAAUACAUCUAAACGGUCUAAUAAUAUACAGUUAAAAGAAAAAGUACAGAAACAAAAUACUGUAGAGAAAGAAAAUUAUAUAUUGACAAGAAGUCACUUCAAAAAGAGAACUCAAAGGAACAUUGGAGGAAGAAAUCGGAAUAAUAAAACUCAAGUGAAUUUAGAAACAAACCAAGAGUCAUCGUCAUCAGACCAGUGUGAAACAAUUCAACCAAAACGUGGAAGACGAAAGCAACGAGUAAUAAGUAACAGCAGCAAUGAAUUAUUUGCUAUUAAAAAUAGUAAAAGUUCUGAUAUAUCUACAUAUUGUAGUCAUGAAUGUUGCAAUAUUGAGACAUCAACUAAGAAGAAAAAAAGUAGAUUAACUUGUAAGAAAAUCCUAUAUUGUGAUGAAUCAGAUGUGGCAAAUGGGGAUACAAGUGUGGAAUCAGUUAAGAAAGAUGGAAGGAAUAUUUACAGAAUCUAUCACACAUAUGGAGUGCAACAACAAUUUACACCCAACUGAUGUUACCAAUGAAACAAAUCAUGUAGUAAGACAAAAACAAUCCAAAAAGAAGCAAAACAAGAAAGAUGUAUCCUUAAGUGUAGUUAACACGGAGUUAAGCAAUAAAAUUUAUAAAUAUAUGAAUACAUUAACCAAAGCUAAUGAAAACAUUAAUGGAGAUGCAAAAUCGAAAAAUUUAUAUCUUUCUAAUAAUGUUUCACCUACAUGCAAUGAUAAGGAUGAACAAAACAAAACACAACAAAAUCAGCAAAAAGCAAAAACAAAUUCAAAAAAUAAAACUACAACUGUAAAUAGUACAGUACCAAAAAUAAUUGGAAACAAUAUUUUACCAAAAGGAACAAUAAAAAUUAUUAAUAAAAAUAAAACAAACAUCAGCUCACAAAAUAGUGCUUUUAUCAAUAUUUUAAAACCAUCAGACUCUUUAUUAACACUUAACAAUAAUAUGAAUGAAGAAGAUAAAAAUAAUGGACUUUGUAACAAAAUUAUUAAUCACCAUAACUUAAAUUCUUUGAAGAAAUCAAAGAAGAGCACUUGUAGUGAUGUAGACAUGUUUGAUGCUGAUAAUGAAAAGACAGUAAUAUAUGAAAACUUUGUUUCGUGCCAAAAACAAUCAAGUGGCUUAUCUACUGAUGAAAUACUUGAGAGCAAAUCACAAGGCAGUUGUAGCACAGAAAUAAAUUAUAAUGAAGACACAUUAAACAAGAAUACUUCAAAUCUUAUGAAUAAAAAUGAAAAUUGUGAUACCAAUGUAAACCAAAUUGAUACCAAAUUAAACCUUAUUAGGAAAGAGAGAGCUGUAAAUAAAAAUCUAAAACGUACCGCAGAAGAAGAUGCAGAUUUUAACUGCAAUCAAAAAAAGAAAUUAAAUAGAAAUAGUUGGAUGGAAUAUAAUGGAACAUUGAUUAAGCCAAUAAAUCAACAAUGCAAUGACCUUAUAAAUACUGAUAUGAUUGCAACAGCACAACCAAAUAUUGUAUCCAAAGAUGAAGAACUUAAUUGUAAGCAAGACAAUGACUUACGUAACCAAUUGAAUUUAAAGAGAUCAAAAAGAACUAACAUUCAGGAGCUUACAUUUGAAAGAGAAUGUAAUAAUAAAGACAGUACAGAGUUGGUUGAGCAAAUAAAUGUAGAAAAUAAGAAUGAUACAAUUAUGACAAAAGAGCAAACCAAAGAAUAUCACAAAAAACUACUCUGUUGAGAAAGAACCAACUCUUAACGAAACUUGCUGUGAAGAGGAAAAUAAUACCCAAGUGAAUUCACAUCAUGAUUCACAUAAUUCGCCUAACAUGAUACAAAACACAGAAAAAACCAUGAAUAAAAAUACUAAAGAACAACAUAUAAAUGACAUUGAUAAUGGAGAGGAUGGUGAUUGCAUUUUUCUUUUUACAGAUGAAUCAUUUGAUGAAAGUCUAUCUGAAGAUCCAAUUUCACAUAAGAAAAACGAGCCACAUAAAUCUCUAGAUUCCAAUGAACCAUACAAAAUGAGUGCAAAUAGUUUUGAUAAAUAUGUAAAGCAGAAUAAAUGUGAGUUUAAUCAAGAGUAUGCAAAAUGCAGAAAUGAUAUAGAAAAUAAUGCAGAAAUGAGUAAAUCUAGUGAAGCAAAAGAACUGUCUAAUAAGUGGGAAAAAACUUUGUGUACAAAUUAUAUACCUAGAAUUGCAACAAAAGUUACACCACCUAUAAUUGGAAACAUUGAUCAAACAUAUGAUAAAGUUAAAUCAGUUGUCAAUGGAUAUUGCUUUUCAACAUUGAGAAAUGGUAUAUGUUGCUGGCCGUUGUGUAAAUUUAAUCACAAUUUCCAGUAUCUUAUUAAAGGAAUUUGUUUAAAUGAACCCAGAACAAUUUUCGAAACAUUACAAAAUGUAUCAGCUACAAAUUUUAAUUUUUUUUGUGAACAAAUGUAUAUAACAUCAUUAACAAAAUUAUCUGUGGAGCAGAUUUUAAUGAUAUAUACAAUGCUAUGUGAUUACAAUUUGAAAAGGGAAAACUUUACAUUGUCAAUAAAAUGUAUACGCCAUAUUGUCAUGGAAUUAUUAAAUAGAGAAGUAUCAUUAAAAACAAUUGUGAAAAGGUUAGUGGAAUACAUGCCUGUUAAAAGUGCGGAAAAAAUCAAUAAUAUAUUGAGUUGUGUAGAUGAGCAUGUAAAAGUUGGUGAAUAUUGGAACACAGUAAAAGUUUUAAUUUUACAACCAAGUUUCCAACCAACUAAACAUACUAUCGAGAAGAUAUUAAAGGAAUGCAUAACCUAUGAAAACUUAAUGAAUAUUCAAGAUGUUAAUGAUAUCUUAAUAGACAAACUUCAUCCUACAUUAAUGUCAGCAUUAGAUAAACAUUUAGUAGAAUGUUUCAAAAAUUUGACUAAGAAAACUAUGAAGAAUUCUCCUUUACCAUUAAUUCAAAAUUUUGGAGAAAAUUCAGCAGCGGAGAAUAUUGCUUCUCCAGAUUCAAACGCAGAUGAAACUUUAUUACAAGUGGAAACUCCAAAAAAAUACGAUAUCAUUGCUGUCACAAGUAGUGAUGUAAAUACAUCUUAUAUGAUACAACGUAUUGAUAAUUUACCCGAUCCACGAUCCAUAUACAGAGAUCAUGAACGUCUCUGGAAGUUUUAUAUGGAUUUAGAAAGAUUAAAAAAGGGACUUGCACAUAAAGAUUAUGAUUACGUUAUUGAUAUCUUAAAAAGUUACAAAGAGAAAGAAGAUGAAAACCACUUUUUUAUUCAGUCGUGUUGUAAUAUAUUUCGAACAGAAAUAAAGCAUUCAGAAUAUCACGUAGCAAACAUCAUACGUCGUACAGUCCAAACAGGCACCUGCGGCAUUCUAAGUGAAACCUUGUUUAACAUAGGAUUAAAUAUACUGGUCAGUUUAAUAAAUAAGGAGGCCUGGGGACUUGCACUCUCAUUGAUUCCAUCACUUAAUAUAUAUGAUUUAUUGCAUAACGCAGAAUUUUUUCUGCUAUCGGCUGAGGUUUAUUUAGGUAACAAGAAGACUAUAGAAGCAUUUGAUUUACUCAAAUACAAAAACAUUAUAUGUACGAGUCGUGCUAAGUGGCAUGUUAAAAGCACUAUUAACGAUGAACUUGUAAGAAACAAAAUAAUGUACAUUCUCCUGGAUUCAUUUUGUAAUGAAUGUUUUGAACACGCCUUCUUUCUUUUUCAAUUUUUGCUUAAAGAUCAAUCCAGUCAGUAUUAUCCAAUAGACUUAUCCCGUUACGUGACCAAAUUAAUAAUAUUAUCUUUAUCAAAAAUGAACACGACUUUGAUCACAGAAAUGAGCAACUUAAUACUUAAAUAUAAUUUUGCAUUAAGUAUAAUAACGUGUCGUGCACUAAUUUCAACAUUAGUUCACAUAAACGAAGCGUUAGCCAAACAGAUCUAUAAUUAUGCAGAAGGUAUAGGUAUCUAUUCAGCAGUAAAGUUGUGGCCAGUAAUAUAUGUCACUAUAAGUACUGACUUAACAGAAGAAGAAGUGUAUCUUAUAUUCCUGCAAUUGGUAAAAAAACUUUUAAUGAAUUUUGGACCUGCGAUUGAGUUUGCUAAACCUUAUCAAAUAAAAGUAUACCUUAUCUUAGAGAUAAAAUCAACGAAUGAACAAUUUUCUUGCGCCGACUCGCAGAACUGUUACAAUAAGAAAGCUAUUAUAAAUACAAAGGCAUUGGUGGCAAAAGUUUUAAAAAAACGAUUUGAUCCACCUAUAUUAUUAAUGCGUAAUGGUAGUCAAGGUAGAAUACAUAGAUUACAAAGCACAAGUCUUAUAAAUUAUUUGAAGUCAGAGCAUUGUUAGAAUUAAACUUUUAAGCAAUGCAAUCUAACAGAUUAAAAAAGCAAUCCCUAUUUUUUUAAAUUUCCAAUUGAGAAAUAAAUUAAAUUUAUUUUACGUUCA